UCUGGUUCUAGGUUGAACAAUUCCUAGGUUACUUUUUUUUUUUUUUUUAUAUGCCUAACUAACUAACUAAUUAUCUUGUUCAAGUCCCUUUCCUCUAGGAGACUUUUGGAGGGAGGACUCGGGCAAAGCACCAGAAAGUAGAGAAGCAGAUUUAUAAAAUGACUUUCACUUGGUUGGUUUGUCGUAAUCAGAUUCAGAGGUCUGGGACUUGGUAGUAGUAGCCCUAGCCCGCCCCAUGCUUUCUGUUUAUUAGCCAGUUGAUGGGUCCCUGCCCUCCUCUCCUCGUUUCUGCUGCUCUCUCUUCUGCUUCUCCUCAGUCCUCACCCCUGUCCCUGUGGCUGUGGGUCUCUUUCCUUUCCUACGAACUUUCAUUUACUUACCGUUCCCUCUUGUGUUUUUUUUUGCUGGGUGGGUAAUGAGAGGUUGCAACUUGCAAUUGUUGAUAAACUCCAUUCUUUCCCCAAAUUGUAAUUCAGAUGCAUCAAACACCCACGUCCACCUCAAAUCCUAUCUUCCUACCGUCUCCGACCUCAGUACAGUUGCAAAUUCGUUUUGAUGGUUAGAAAGUCUGCGGGUUUGGCUGGGCAAAUUGUGUUGCUAUGUUACGUACCUGGCCCUCUUGGCUCUGCUUCCGUACGGAAUGGGGUGGAAGACACCAGGAAGCUGCAGUCUUAACUAACUCUUGAGUCUCUUUGGCGUGCGACAACUGCAGUUUCCUGGUAGGUUUGGUCAAGUUUUCGUUGAUUGGGGAUUUGGGUAAGAGCCAAUUCGUGUUGUUGGUUGGUUGGUUUGGGGAAGCAAAAUGAUAAUUAGUCUUCAAUCUUCCACCACACUGCUGCUGUAAGCUUGUGGUUCCAUAUCCCAAGAUUCAUUUCUCACACCUGGUUUCAAUGGGGUCUGAUGCCACGGAGCAAGCAGAGGUUCCUCUUCAAUUCCAUUCAUUUAAGGUUCAUCAUUUGAUGUGUGCUCAGUUGAUGAAGCUGGUAGAAAAAAUUACACAAAUAAAACCACAAAUAGAAGCCUCCCGACCUCGAUGCUCAUCUGGGAUACAUGCACUGGUCUCAUUGGGCUCUGCCCUCGACAAGGCUAAUCAACUUCUUCAGUAUUGCUCUGGGUCAAGCAAACUAUACUUGGCAAUGACCGGAGAGGCAAUGGUUGCCAAAUUUAUGAGAUCGCGGAAGCAAUUAGAACAAAGUUUGGGGCAGAUUCAGACGAUGCUCCCUGUGAUCUUGGCUACUGAGCUCUCUCCAAUUCUCGAUGACCUUGAAGCAGCAAACUUUGUGAUGGAUCCCUCUGAAGAGGAGGCGGGGAAGGUAAUGCUCGAGUUGCUUCGUCAUGGAACAGAUUCAGCAGAAUCUCAAAGUAGUGUUUUUCAAGUUGCACUCUCAAAGCUUCGUAUCACAUCCCAAAGGGACUUAGUAAUUGAGGUGAGAUCUAUCAAGAAUCUUCUCAACACAGUUGGUGAGAGCAGCCCAAACAAAACAAAGAUCUUAAAGACCCUCUUGUAUCUCUUAAAGAAGUACAAGAACUCGGUCUCAGUGAAAAACAGAAAUGGUUACCAUGAAGGAACAACGUUUAUUCCUAAUAAUACAAACGAUGCUUCUGUGCACAGUCGACGGAUAAAUCCAGGAUUAGGAAACCAUGAUAAAGAUGGCCGACAGCCUGAAAUAUUGUCAAGUGAUGCUGCUGCACCACCUGAAGAGUUUAGAUGCCCUAUAUCAAGGAGAGUGAUGUAUGAUCCUGUCAUCAUUGCUUCUGGACAAACAUAUGAAAGGAUGUGGAUACAAAAGUGGUUUGAUGAGGGCAACAGCACAUGCCCUAGGACGAAAUUGAAGCUGGAGAACCGUUUUAUGACUCCAAACACCGGUAUGAAAACCCUUAUAUCAAAGUGGUGUGCAAACUAUGGAAUCACCGUUAUGGAUCCAACUACACAACCAUUGCAGUCAUUGGAUCUUUCUUCUGAUUCCAUUGUUAGUUUAAGCAGUUCUAGGAAUGAUAUUGCUCAACUGGAUAUCAGCAAUGUAUCGCUAGGUUCUUUAGAAGCUAGUUACAGCUUUAAUGGUUCAAGAUCGGAGCUAAUGCCUGAACAUGGCAGCCUUGAUAAGUGUGAGUAUCAUGCAAAUAUGUGUGAGAAGGAUGUGGAGAUAUUAUCUCGGCUGUCAGAGCUUCCUUGGGAUUCCCAGUACAAGACUGUUCAGGAUAUAAAUAGCCGCCUGAAUAAUUGUAUUUGUCAACCUUGGGUUUCUGAGUCAUCGAGAAGUUUUAUUGAACCGCUGGUUAUACAUUUGAGAAAUGCUCUUCAACGGUGUGAUUUACGAGCCCAGAAGAACGGAUCCAUAUUGCUUCUUGCACUUGUGGACAAAGCUGGAAGCGGAGUAUCACACUUGCAGGAAGAUGCAUACAGUUUGCUGGCAUCUUUCCUUGACUGUGAAGUAAUUGAAGAAACUGUCGCAAUAUUAGACACGCUCUCUGCCCACCAAAACUGCAGGUCCAAAAUCGAAGCAUCUGGUGCCAUGGUCUCUCUGCCCAAGAUAUUUGACCGUGAGAGGAAGGAACUACAGGAACAGGUGAUCAGAAUCUUGUGCAACUUGUCCUCGUCAAGCAGUGACGUCUGUUCCAAGUUAGCUUCUCUUGAAUGUUUUAUUCCGAAGCUGGUUCCUUUCAUUAAGGAUAGCAGUGUUGCGAGACACUGCAUCCUCCUGCUCAAGAACUUGUGUGAUACGGAGGAGGCUCGGGUUACUGUUGCUGAGACCAAUGGCUGCAUCUCUUCAAUCGCUCAACUGCUGGAGAGCGGGAGUAGCGAGGAACAAGAGCAUGCAGUGACUGUCCUCCUCUCUCUAUGCUCUCAGAGAGUUCAGUACUGCCAUUUGCUGAUGGAUGAAGGCGUGAUUCCUAGCCUUUGUUGCAUCUCGUUAAAUGGGAAUGACAAGGCUAAAGUGAGUGCAUUGGAAUUGCUUCGGCAGUUGAGAGAUGUGGUCCCUAAUGAAAGCAGCGAGCAAGAAAGCAGCUCUCUUCCUCCCAAUUGCCUUGGUGAUGCCGCUGCUCUUGUAGAGGUUGUUUCUCCUCGUGGUAAAGGAAGGAAGCAAGGAUUCUUAGGGAAUCUAGCUGGAUAUCUUACAUCCAGAAAGAAGAGAGAGAUAAAUGGUUAGAUCAACAACAUUUUCUUUUCACGUUUAGGUGUUCUCAUUGUUUUUUGACAUGAGAAGAACGAAGGAUUUACCUGGUUGAAUCUGUAGUUAGAUAUAACCACAUACCUGUUUUGGUAAGUGGCUGUUUUUGUUUGUUUGUAGCAUAACUUGGUUUUGUUUUUCAUUUUCCUUUCAUUCCGAUGCCUACUGAGGCUGUAUAUUUUUGUUAGGAUGUAAUUAAUACAUGUACACAUAAGGCUUUGUUCGAGGUUCAAUUCCAAUGUGAAAUGGACUCUUUGUUAAUAAUCAGAGG